AACAGAGCAAAUAGUAUAACAGUUGCAAUGGCUACCACUCUCACUCUCUUCUUUGUUGUUCUCUUUCUUGCUCUCAUUGGCCAAGGAUAUUGUCAAUGCACGUUGGCUGAUGUGAAAAUCAUCCAAACACAAACCGGCAAAACAGUGGAAAACAAGCCAGAGUGGAAAGCCACAGUAAAAAACGAUUGUAUCUGCACUCAGUCUGAUUUGAAGCUCAGUUGCGACGGGUUUCAGACGGUGGAGGCCGUCGAUUCUUCGUUGAUGGCGAAAACUGGUGCCGAAUGCUUGAUAAACGGCGGCCAACCGGUGGCUUCUUCCAGUAACUUGAGCUUCAACUAUGCAUGGGAUACUUCAUUUCCUUUCAAGCCCUUGUCUUCGCAAAUCAACUGUUCUUAAAAUCUUGAAUCCAAAAGUAGGGUUUUUUGAAUUUCAAUGUUGCCUUUUUGCUUACCAAUUUCAAUAAUGAAAUGAAGAGCUAAUAUGAUAUUAUAUUAAAUCCCCAAAAAGGAUAUUACUUAGGAAAA